AUGAUCAACCCACAUACUUCUGUUGGCAUCGCUCAAGUCGUGUUCUACGCACUUGUCUUGCCUGCCGCUGUGUUUGUUCUUGUCAGGAAUUGGAAGCAUGGACUUCGUCUUGCCUCAUACCCGCUUGUCACGUUCUCUUUGGCUCGGCUCGCUGGUGGUAUCUUGACUAUCCUCCGCCAAUCCGACCCUACCAGUAUCGGGCUCAUCAUUGCGACUACCGUGCUGCUUAACGUCGGCCUCAUUCCAUUGAUGAUCUCCACGGUAGGGUUCAUCCGCUUGAUUAUGAAAUCAAGUCUUGAUGAGAACAAGCGAGCCUUCUUCCUACUGAAGAUCAUCCGUCUUGCGUUCAUCGCCGCCAUUGUGCUUCUCUGUGUGGCUGGGGCUUUUAGUGGUACCAACAUACACCUGUCGAGACAUUUGACACAAGCUGGCUAUGUGACUCUUGCUGCUGUCAUUAGUUUGAUGACAGUCGAGUUACUUCAUCUGUAUACCCAAAAACAUCGCAUCGCUCCUGAGAGACACAUUUUCAUAGAGCUCACUCUGGCAAGCAUUCCGACAUUAGUCCUCCGAACAGUCUAUGGUCUCCUUUGCGCUUUCACCGUUGAUAACGUGACGACUAUCUGGAAUUCCUUGGUUGGAUCUGCUGUCGCCUUUGCUUUGAUGUGCCUGCUUGCGGAGUACAUCACCCUUCUGAUCUUUCUUUAUCUUGGGAUUCGGCAUUGGCGAGGUGUUUGCGCUGAGAGUUUGGGAAGUGUCGAGAUGGAAUCUUUGCGCAAAUGA